AUUGUGAAAAUCAUAACCGGAUGUUGAUAUUAUUUUACGAUUGGCUUGACUAUUCAUACACGGAGUACCUGUUGUUAUUGAAGAAGCACGCGCUCACAUAAACACAGUCACACUCAUUCACGGUAAAGAUAACGUCACUCGUAAAAGGGGAGGCAAAGGCAAGUGCCCUCUGUUUAGACUCGAACAAGGACCGGACUGGGAUACGUUCGAAUUGCUUCGCUUCCUGUGGACUAUGUUUUGUUUCAUUCAUUACUAACCCUGGACCGUCUUUUCGCGUUUUGGAACUUGCAAUGUUUCCGGACUGUGCAUCGGAACCCUUGAUCCUUAUGGUACGCCUGUGUUCAGUUUGAUUCUCGAGUAGAACCACGGGGGCACAAGCUUAAAGGCCUAAGGGCCAAGAAAGCAUGCUUGGGGCCAUGCUGCGCCAGAGUACCGGCGGAGGAUCCGGAGGGGGUGGUGGCAGCGGAGGAGGAACCAAACUCCCUCUGGGCAUCUCUCGAUUUUCCAGCUCCAGUUCGAACACUGUCACUUUGGGCUCCUAUGGGUCGGACAAGAUGUCCAAGGGCCGCCCCAUGCACUCACCCAAUCUCGAAAGCUUCACCUCAUACUCGAACUACAUCAUGCAGACGGUCAGCGAUGUACGCAAAUUUUCUGAUGGGUUGAUCCAGUUCAGAGGUGUUCUAGCCUCCAGAGAGCACCAAGCUUGCCUGCACAAAGCAAUCCACGAACGUCUCGGGGAGAUGCUGGCAUCCCUGAUGACAUUCAUCAGCAAACACCAGACCCUCAACUCGGUUGACAUUCUCAGUUCAGUUGGGACUGUCAUCACUUCAGUGAAAGGAGUGAAUUUUGAGCAGGUGAAUGAAGAGAACAAGCAGAGUCUUUUGAGAGACAUCUACUCUGCAAUCGACAAAUUGGCAUUCACGGUUGGCGAUGUUGUGUCUGACUUCCUUAUGGGAGAUGUAGAGAAUGGAUCAGUGUUAGGGCUCCCCCUAACUAAGACGCGCGGGUCUUUUGACAACCUGCCCGUGGAAUCUGGAGGAUCCGGCUCUGAGAAACAGCACGUCAACGGGGUGGAGUCGGCACUUGGCUACGCCAAGGCCUGGUCCAAAUACACCAAAGAAGUGCUGGGGUGGGUGGAGAAACGUCUUAAUAUGGAUGUCGAGUUGGCCAAGAGCUACAACAAAAUGGCUGAAUCGGCAAAGACCCUCGCAAGUCAGCAGGAUUUCAUGCCUUUCCGUGACAUCUACAUGGCUGCUUUCAAAAAUGACGUUGAAUACAGCAAGCUCAUACUGAACACCACGGCGGUGCUCCAAAGCAACAAAUUUAUGCAGCCGCUGAUGACGCGAAAAAAUGAAUUGGACAAACUGGGAAAAGAGAUGAAGGAGCAGUGGCAGAGACAGCAAAAGAAAAUGCACGAGGCCGACAGCGCUCUGAAAAAGGCCCGGAUGCUGCAGGAUCAGCGUCAAGAGGAGUACGAAAAGGCCAAGGUAUCGACCAGCCGCUUGGAAGGGGAGCAGCUGGGAGGAGUCGGAGGAGCAACGGCUGUCAAACAACUAGAAAAGCGGCGCCGGUUGGAAGAAGAGGCCUUGCAGAAGGCUGACGAAGCGAGGGCACACCGCGAAGCUUGUCAGAAUGACGUGGUGGAAAAAAGAGUCGAUCUGGCUAACACCAAGAGUGACAUCAUCACUCAGCUCCGAAAGAUGGUCUUCCAAUGCGACCUCACCCUGAAAGCGGUCACGGUCAAUUGGUUCCAGCUCCAGCAGGCCCAGCUUGUGUCACUUCCUGCCAGGCACCAGAGUCUUUGUGAAAAUGCCAAACUGUACGAGCCUGGGCAUCGCUAUGUUGAGUUCGUCCGGAGGUUGCCCCCCGAGUCCCACUUUUUGGAUUCAGCUUUUUCAUCAAGCACAGGAAUGCCUCUCAGCCAGUACACAAUAAGUGGCAGUCACUCUUCCCACAUCAACCUGUCACAAGGAUCCAUGACAUCCGACCUCCUUGGCAAAGACGAUCAUGACGGGUCCAACAGCACCCAGCAAGCCAAGAUUGCGGAGCGACGCUCCAACAGCACUACUGACAUCCAAGCACUUCGGAUUCGUACCUGGAAUUCCAGUCAGGGUGGAGGAAUGUGUAGCGACUCUGAAAGUGUAGGAGGGAGCAGCGAGUCCCGAUCCAUGGACUCACCCACUGCGAGCCCAGGAGACUUUAAAAGGAGAUUACCCAGGUCCCCCUCGACCGGCACCAUGUCGUCCGCUGAUGACCUGGAUGAGCCCAACUCUCCUUCCGAUAACGGUUUAGGGGAUCUUUUAAUCGAGACGGCCAGCUCUCCACGUCCUUUUAGAAACACACAGAUGUCCAAAGCUGCUCAAACGCACAAGCUGAGAAAACUUCGAGCCUUCUCCAAGUGUCGAGAAUGUGAUGGGCUGGUCGUGUUUCAAGGAGCAGAGUGUGAGGAGGUAACCAUGGUUUCUUCUUUUAUGUAUUUAUUUAUUUACACCCUCCGCCAAUUGAAUUUGGUGCAAAAGGAAAUCCAAUCAUGAGCGGCUUUGGGACUCUUUGAGUAUGAAGAAUGUUUCAGAUGACCAUUGCCAGAGCUUCACAAUAGCUCCUUUUCACUUUUGAUGACCCACCAAAAAAAAAAAAAAAAAAAAAAAGAAUGACCACCCC